AUGAGCGACGCCUGCCAGCGCGGCGGGCCGGGCGGGCGCGGGCGGGGGCCGUGGCGGGGCCGCCUCGCUCGCUCGCCGCCGCCGCCGCCGCACCGGGGCCGCCCCGGCGGGGAGCACCUGCGCCUCGAGGACAUCUUCAUCGCCGUGAAGACCACGAGGAAGCACCACCGCUCCCGCCUGGAGCUGCUGCUCCAGACCUGGAUCUCCCGCGCCAGGGCGCAGACAUUUAUAUUCACUGACUGGGAGGAUCAGGAACUACGCCUGAAAGCAGGGGACCACAUGAUCAACACCAACUGCUCUGCUGUCCACACCCGCCAAGCUCUCUGCUGCAAGAUGUCUGUGGAAUAUGAUAAAUUCCUCGAAUCUGGGCAAAAGUGGUUUUGCCAUGUGGAUGAUGAUAACUAUGUAAAUCCACGGACUCUCCUGCGCCUCUUAUCUGCCUUCUCACACAGCCAGGAUGUUUAUGUGGGGCGACCAAGUCUGGACCACCCCAUUGAAGCAGCUGACCAUGGUCAAAGUGAUGGAUCAACGACUGUGAAAUUCUGGUUUGCCACGGGUGGAGCAGGAUUCUGUAUCAGCAGGGGUCUUGCCUUGAAGAUGAGUCCCUGGGCUAGCCUAGGGAAUUUCAUCAGUACCGCAGAAAGAGUACGUCUUCCUGAUGACUGCACUAUUGGCUACAUCAUCGAAGGGCUACUGGAGGUGAAGCUGCGGCACAGCCUGUUGUUUCAUUCGCAUCUGGAAAAUCUGCAGAGGCUACAAGGCGAGUCUGUGCUGCAACAGGUAACCUUAAGUUAUGGGGACCCUGAGAACAAACACAAUGUUGUGAGUGUAGGAGGAGUAUUUGGCCUGCAGCAAGAUCCAACUCGAUUUAAAUCUGUCCACUGUCUUCUCUAUCCUGAUACUAUUUGGUGCCCUGCUAAGAAGACUGCUUAAUCUUUGACCACUCAUGGACACUUGUAUCCUACCACUCUGCUGAAGACAGGAGUUUUGAUGUGGUGGUUUUUUUGUUUAUUGCUUUUUUUUUUUUUUUCCCUCCCUCUGGGAGGAAGACAAAUACCUACAAAGCAGAGAGACUGUAUUUACAAAGGCAAGACUUUGAUCAGAUAAUUAUCACAAGAAGUUGUGGUUUGUUCAUCUGCUGCCUGGGAUAUUCUAGAGAGGAAAAACUUUUCUUCUACUUGCUCCUCGGUCCCUGUGUCUCUCAUGUGAAUCUGUGCACAGGUAUACAUACUCGGAAUGACAGCAUUGUUAGUGCUGUUACAGGCUUUUAGAAGCAGUUGUCUUAAAGCUAGAGUGUUGUAGCAGAUUGUAGUCCCCAUGGUGACGAGAGAUGUGGGAAAAGAAUUUUCACUCGUCUUUCUUGGGAACAGAAUUAUUUAAGAGCUGCUGUAGCCUGGUAUAUUAAAUUGUCUCUGCCUGUGGGCCAGAGCAGGGUCUGUUUGUAAACACCAGGAAUCCUAGAAUUGCUGGGGCUGAAAGCCUUUGCUGUGGAGAAGCCCUGUGUGAGCUGGCUCAGGACCAUGUAGGAGUUGCUUGC